CGGUCCAAAAAAUUCUUUCCCCGGCCAACGGCUCGCGGUUUUGUUUUUUGUGUGUACGCGACUUCCGUCCCUCCCCCGUCUGGAACCGAUGUCCUUUCCGUGAGCCCCCUUUAUUUCGUGUAAUUGUGAUUAUUUUGUGUGCUUGUCGUGAAAACAGGAAUUUUUCGUGGGUGGUCAGAUGCAAAGAAUGGCCAAUCCAGAGGGUGUCCCCCGGACUCGCCCAGUUCUCGCAGAAAUCCCGGCGCGAAUGGGCUUACCGCCGCUACAACGGGUUGGAACGCCGUUGGGAAUGACCCGGCGGAACGCCCUCAAUCCGGGUUUGAUCGAUAGCCCGGCAACGAACAUUCCGGACAGCUAUCUUUCGCCCCGCAUGUCCCCGGAUGAGGCGAUGAUUCAGCAGCGUGGCCGCCGUCGCGUUCCCAUCAUUUGGAGUCCGGAGAAGGCGUUCUAUGCGUCGCCCCACAAAACGCCCACAAAGGCCAUUUCGGCGAUGACCCUGCGGAGUUCGCCCCGGAAGCGAUCGCUCAUGUCGGAACUGUCGGCUGUUCCGGCCUCGGAGCAGCAGCAGGCAUCGCCCUCCGCUAAACGAUCAACCCCGGCCAAGGGUUCGCCGAGCCAUGCCAAACGGAUGCGCUUUGAGGAGGGUUCGAUCAACCGGAAGAAUCGGGACGUCCCACUGGAGACGCUGCUGUCCGGUCUCAGCCAGGAGCAGCUGAUCUCCGUAAUCACCGGAAUGGUCCGAGGAAAUGCACGUUUAGAGGAGACCGUUCGGAGUGAACUUCCGGUGCCGGAUUUGGCCCCGCUGGAAGAACAGCUGAGCUAUCAGAAGAAGAACAUCUUCAAGAGUUUGCCGGCUACGCGACUUGUCAGCAAAACGGACAGUCCGGCGUACGCCAGAGCCGCCACACACCUUUCAUCGUUCAAAAAAACCCUCGUCGAGCAGGCCCAAACGCUGCACAACGCCAAACACUGGGACGCCCUGCUGGACUACGUGCCGAUGGCGUGGGGCUACGUGCGCGCCACCCCCGUCUGGGACAACCACGCCCACAACGCGGUGCGCCGGCACUGCUUCAAGAUCCUGGCCUAUCACGCCACCAGUGCGCUCAAGCAUGGCCUCGUGGCGCUUGGUGCGGAUCGGCUGCACCGGUUCCAGCAGAAGCUGAAGGCGAUGGCCGCCGACUGUGAGGACAUCAACGACUGUGCCACCUAUCUGGCGUACCUGGCGGAACGGAUGUGAGCAGAGGAGGAGCAACUUAUCAUUCUAAUAAUUUUGUCUCUUUUUUACUAGAUUUAAGCAGUUUACAGUUCAAAUUUGUACGAUUUGCAAUCGCCAUCUGUUUUUUUUUUCGAUUAUGUCUUUUCCGUUAUUUUUGCAGUGAAUCGUACCCGUAGAAACACGUAACGCAAACAGUGUAAACUUCAAAUUUAGUUUUUUUUUACUCUUAAAAAUACAAACAAUAUAUUGACUGAUAAUUGUACGUUGCCUAAUGUAUUUUGCUAUUGCCAUUUAUAGAGAAAAUGUUAAAUAAAGAAUCAUUCACA